AUGAACAAACUUAUAAAAAGUGUUCGAUCUGUUACUAAUAACAAGGAUGAUAUAAUUAAGAAAUCAAUUAUUAACCAACUCUCUAAUAGUUGUAAGGAAAUACAUUAUGCUGGAGCAGAAGAGAACAAAUCUCCAAAAAGUUCAGAGUACUUAGUUACUGAAGCUGCCAAUACCCUUUGCACUACAAUUGAAGCUAUUUUUUUACACGGUUUAAGAGAUACUCUAACUCAUAGAUUUAAGAAGGUGUUGGCUGAUGUAGAUGAACAACCGGAACCAAGUUUCUGGGUGCCUCUAUUAAUUAUUUCUCACAGGCAAAUCAUAGAUCAAAUAACAAAUUUAUCUCAAAUUACAACAGAAGUAGGACAAUGCCGGGUAUGGAUCCGUUUAGCUUUAAAUGACUGUCUACUGUCUUCUUAUUUAAUGAGCAUACGCCAGGACUCAUCAUCUCUAAAAUCUUACUACAGAGUGAACUCUUUUCUAAGAGACUCAGAACUUUUAGAUGUAGCUCAACGACUCAUCGAAGGUGUAGAGGCAUUUAAAAAUUUUACUUUACCUUUCAAUUCUAGCCUUCUUAAUACUUGGCCUCUACCAAGUUUGGUUUUAGCUGGUAUAUGGGCUCCUACUUUGAAAUCAUGCCCUGUGGCACCAUGUGAUGAUGUGGUCCAAUCUAUAACCAUUUCAGAAUCUAUGAAAAGUCAAGCUAAUUUUGAAUGUAGCUCGGAUACUGUAUCAAUGUGUUCUGUUAGAUCUAACAAUUCACAAAAUUCGGGAUUAAGGCCAAUAGUUUUUCUGCCUGAGGAUGAAGUACUGAAAAUAAUUUUAGCAGAUGGCGAUAAAACAGCCAGUAAUUCACAAUCAUUUGAAGAUCUUAAGUCAGAUUGUAGCUCUGAUCAGGAAAAAAAUUAUGAUGUGGAAAAUAUUAACAACAUCGGAAAUUCUCUGGGUAAACGAACUGGUUGGUCUUUUGAUGAAAGUCAAUUGUCUGAAACCAGUAAAAAUGAAAAAUCAAAUGACAAGGACAUUGAACCGAUUCAAGAUGAUCCCAAAUCAAUGGAAACUAGCUUUACUGAUCUUAUAAAUAGUUACAACCCAUUCAUAAAAACGCCAGAUAUUCGUGAGGUAUUGAUGAAGUUUGAGGACAAAAGAAAAGAAAUACCAAAGGGAAUCAAGGUUGAAUCUGAAAACCCGGCUCUCACACUUUCAAGUCCUGUGAAAAGAGAAAUCUGUUUGGCAGCACAAGUAGGAAAAAUAGCCAGAGAAAAAGGACUUGAUGCACAUAAUUACAAAUGUGCUGAUUGUGGAGCACCUUUAGAAUUAAAUAAUAAACCAAAAGUGUGUGCCUUCACUGGUGACUAUGUAUGUGAUAUGUGUAUGAGUACCGAAUUAGUCCAAAUACCCGCUAGAAUUAUUCAUAAUUGGGACUUCAAAGCUUAUCCAAUUUCUAAAAAAGGAAUCAAUUAUUUAAAUGAAGUAAAGGAUCAUCCUAUCAUUGAUUUCAAGGUAUUGAAUCCAUUUAUCUAUAGUGUUGUCGAAGAAAUGGCAAAUUUACAAAUUUUAAGGAAUCAGUUGAAUUUUUUGAGGGCUUAUUUAUUUACAUGUCGAGAACCUGUGAUUGAAGAAUUGCAGAAACAGAUGUGGCCAAGGGAGUAUAUGUAUGAGCAUAUUCACCAGUAUUCGAUUUUGGAUCUUUCUGAUGUCAUGAAUGGUUUAUUGGCACAACAAUUGGAAAAAGUGGUGGCUUUUGGUAGAGAUCAUGUAUACAAUUGUUGGUUAUGUAAUCAAAAGGGAUUUGUGUGUGAAAUUUGUAAUAAACCUAAAGCGUUAUUUCCAUUUGACGUUGAAAAUGUAUUUCGAUGUGAUAUUUGUAAUGCUGUUUAUCAUAAAAGUUGUUGGAAUCCAUCAGUUCAAUGUAGAAAGUGUAAAAGAAAGAUGGAUAGAGAAGAAUUACCCCUUUUGGAUGCUACAGUUAUUGAAUAGUUAAUCAUGUAUAUAAUCAUUUAAUUGUUAAUCAAUUAUUCUUUAUACAUAUAUUAAAUUGAUAUUUUUCUAUUAUAAAUAAUUAUGUGUUUCUAGCUACCAAUUUUUUUUGUAUUAAUAUUUUUUUCAAAUUUGUUAUAUACAUUCUGUCUACAGAAACAUACUGGACAAUUUAUGACCAUUAGAACAAACCAAGACUAAAAACUCAAUUAAAUUUUAUUUGUACCUAAAUUACAACGUAACAAUUUAAAACGUAUUAUAGCUAAUAUAAUAUGAUAUAUUGUGAAUUUUACAGAUCCUGGUUGGUGCGUUUUUUGAUACUUUCAAUACUUGUUUCAAAAAGAAAGAGGGUUUAUUAUAAUUGAACCAUACUUGUUCCUGUAGGCAAUAUGUAUGAAUUUUAUAUAUAAUUAUUUUCAUGAUGGAUAUAGGAUUGUGAUUACUUGGAUUGGAUGUAUUGAUAUAUCACACACUUUUUAAUAAAUGUUAUAUUUGAGA